AUGCCAGAUUGUUGUGAAGCACCAUGGAGUUUUGAUUCAGAUACUGGACAAUGUAUUUUGAAUAUGAUGGCACAAGGUGUAAGAAAUCAAGAUAUGCCAUUAUUAUGUACAGCACUUGGUUUUGAACUUGAUGGACACAAAUGUAUCAGAUAUGUUCGAUUAUCAUACAAAUAUGAGACACCGAUUGAUAAAGAAAUGAAUUCAAUAACAAUGGAAUGA